AUGCGGAUUGGUGGGCGGCCGGCGGGUCUGUUUUUGCGCGAGGCCAAGUCCUUUCUCCCCGCCUCUCGCACUGCCAGUUCGGUGGAUUUCAAGGGAGCUGAGUGCCGCUUCUCCACACGCCCAUCCUCUUCUAGCUCAAUUUUACCGUCAAUCUUUUCGCAGGGGCUUCUCUGCAGGUAUCAUAAACGGUUCUACGCAACCACCCCGCCGGAAACGAUCCAAUUGAGCGUCUCCUUUCAACGUGGCCUUCCCUAUAUCGUGAUCCCACUGCCGUCAAGACCCGAGUCAUGUCAAUUUACGUUGCGCCCGAUUUCGGACACGGUAGGAACGUUCUGCGCACAACUUCGGCGUGAAGACCGGGGAAUCGACCAUGCUUCGAUUUAUUCGCCAGAUGGUACCCGAAUUUCGUCUUCUACCUCGAUAGAGCACCUACUGCAAUUUGGCGCUUUUCGAUUGCGGGUCAACGACAAAAUUUUUGACGUCGCGGUGCGUGAGGGAAAUGUUGAGGAGCCGACGGAUAGGGUCCGCGAGCUAAACGACCUGAAAGCGAUCGUCGCCCGACUGCACGGCGUCCUCAACGUCGACGAGUACAAGCUGGAACGGGAGCGCAAAUUGCAGGAGCGCCUUGAAAAAGCUGAGCAGGAGCUGCAGCCGUUGUUAGAUACGAAGCAGCAAAUCGAGCGCGAAUGUGAGCAGCACUCCGAGCGCGUGCUGGUCGGCUUCUUCGGGGCGAUGGGAUUGCAGACUGGCAUUUUUGCGAGAUUGACGUGGUGGGACUUCUCGUGGGACAUCAUGGAGCCGGUCACCUACUUUGCGACUUUCUCGACUGUAAUCGCGUCUUUUGGCUACUAUCUAUACACUAAACAGCCCUUCGAGUACACGCUCGCCCGGUACCGCAUCUUCACCAGACAAUUUUACAAGCGCGCCGCCAAGCACAGCUUCGACAUUGACAAAUACAACCGGCUGGUUGACGAGGUUGACGAACUUCGCCGAUUGCUCAGCUGCAUCCGGGACCCGCUCCACCUUCACCUGCCCGUCUCCUAUCUAUCAAAAUUUGAAAAA